AUGCCCUCUUUGGAUACACCUUCUCCCCCUGUCCUUUGUCCAAGUGUGUUUAGAUUGCCCCCAUACUCUGUCAUUUUCUUCCCUCUGAACAUUUCCUCGAUGUCUGUCAGCUCGCGCGACGAUUCCUAUGACAAUGUCGUGGAGGAUAACCCUACUGGAGGUCUCUCGGAUCCCACGUGUUUACAAUUCCGGCACCGUCGCAAAAAGAAACAGCUGAUGGAGCAUCUCAUCAGCUUGCAACAUUCACUAGACCUACCUCAAAUUGCGGUCGUUGGCUCGCAAUCCGUUGGGAAAAGUUCUUUGAUCGAAUCCAUGUCGACGGUAUAUAUGAACCAAGAUACUAUACAGUACGAGCCACUAACCUUUUGCAAGAUUACCUUACCUAGGUUGUCAAAACGUCCUGACGAAGACUGGUCAUGUGAGGUUUAUCUAAGACGACUCAGCGGUGGUCUUGGAGAGGAGAAAUUUGGGGAGCCUAUCAGGGCAAAAUCUGAUGUCCAAGAGCGCAUACGCCGAGCACAAUUAGCCAUCUUGAACCCCUCGAUUUCUUCAGCAGAAUUUCUCAAACCAACCUGCCCAACUCCCGCAAACAAUGAAAUUUCUUUUUCCAAGGACCUAGUCUCGGUGCGAAUUUCGGGCAAGGAUGUGGAUGACCUUUCCUUUGUGGACCUUCCAGGAAUCAUUGCCUCUGUUAGGAGCGGGGGCAGGAACGAAGACAUUGCAGAGGUUAAGGAGUUGGUCCUGGACUUCAUCAAAAAGCCCAGCUGCCUUAUUCUGUUGGUUGUAUCCUGUGAAAGUGA